CGCCCACUUUGCCACAUUGAUGCUCCAAACGGCAGCACACGCCUCACAUUGAUGACUUUUUACUGAUGCAGCAUCGGUAUUGAUCAGGAAUCGCAGCCAUGCUACUCGCCCUGCCUCUCCUGUUGGCAGCUGGCAGCCGCCACAGAUCGACCAUAGUUCGCCACGCCGUCGCCGGCGCGAACGACGCCGCGACCGACACCUGGCACCGCGACGCCGUCGCCGCGACGGCCGCCUGGGCGCUCUGGAUCGCCGCGGUCAAUCUGUGUCCGUUUGCGCGGAAAUCCCUCGAGACGUCGGACGCGAUUUCGUACGUCGUGACGGAAGCGGAUAAUCAGAAGGCCUUCUACGCCGCCGCCGUCGCCUGCGCGCGCGACCUGGCCGCGGCAUCGGACGUGGACCCGACGGCGGCGAUCGUGUUUCUGGUGGCGCCGUUUUACGAGCCCGACGAUUUCCCGGCGUUCCUGCGCUCCGUCGAGGCCCUCGAGGACGACGUGAUGCCCGAGGCAAGCGAUGACGCCAUCCAGAUCGCGGGCUUCCACCCGGCCUGGGCCUUCGGCGGCGUCCCGGACGACGACCCCCUCCACUUCGAGAAGCGCGCGCCCCACCCGACGGUGUCUCUGGUAUUGGUCGACGGCCUCGAACACGCCAACUCGGCGAAGAUCGCGGCGGACAACGAGCGGACCCUUUCGCAGCUGGGCGUCGACGCGGUGGCGCGCGCGUUCGCCGGGUUCGUCUCCUCAGAUUAAUAUGUGUUUUUAUUUGUA